CCCAGCCUGCCGCCUAGUCCACGCACGCCUGUGUGGGCGAGCCUGCUGUCUGCCCUGAGCCCCGACGGCACUUAGUCCAGGAGGGGAAGAGUUGGUUCUGGGGCUGUGGAAGGGCAAACGCGGCAGAGGAGGCCAGGCUCUCUGCUCCCACUCCUCUCAACAAGUGCUCCCAGUCUUCUGCCCUCUCUCCUGUGCUCCAUAUAACUUUUCCCAGAUGAAGAGAACUCACCUGUUUGUGGUGGGGGUCUACCUGCUGUCCACCUGCAGGGCGGAAGAGGGGCUCAACUUCCCCACCUACGACGGCAAGGACCGCGUGGUCAGUCUCACUGAGAAGAACUUCAAGCAGGUUUUGAAGAAAUACGACUUGCUCUGCCUCUACUACCAUGAGCCCGUGUCUUCCGAUAAAGUCGCCCAGAAACAGUUCCAGCUGAAAGAAAUUGUGCUUGAGCUUGUGGCCCAGGUCCUGGAACACAAAGAUAUAGGCUUUGUGAUGGUGGAUGCCAAGAAAGAAGCCAAGCUUGCCAAGAAACUGGGUUUUGAUGAAGAAGGAAGCCUGUAUAUUCUCAAGGGUGACCGCACAAUUGAGUUUGAUGGCGAGUUUGCAGCUGAUGUCUUGGUGGAGUUCCUCUUGGAUCUAAUUGAAGAUCCUGUGGAGAUCAUCAACAGCAAACUGGAAGUCCAAGCCUUUGAACGCAUUGAGGACCAGAUCAAACUCAUUGGCUUUUUCAAGAGUCAGGACUCAGAAUAUUAUAAGGCUUUUGAAGAGGCAGCCGAACACUUCCAGCCUUACAUCAAAUUUUUUGCUACCUUCGACAAAGGAGUUGCAAAGAAAUUGUCCUUGAAGAUGAAUGAGGUUCACUUCUACGAGCCAUUUAUGGAUGAGCCCAUUGCCAUCCCCAACAAACCUUACACAGAAGAGGAGCUCGUGGAGUUUGUGAAGGAGCACCAAAGACCCACUCUACGUCGCCUACGCCCAGAAGAUAUGUUUGAAACAUGGGAGGAUGAUUUGAAUGGGAUCCACAUUGUGGCCUUUGCAGAGAGGAGUGACCCAGAUGGCUACGAGUUCCUGGAGAUCCUGAAACAGGUUGCCCGGGACAAUACCGACAACCCUGACCUGAGCAUCGUAUGGAUUGACCCGGAUGACUUUCCUUUGCUUGUUGCCUAUUGGGAAAAGACUUUCAAGAUUGACCUAUUCAAGCCACAGAUUGGGGUGGUGAAUGUGACAGAUGCUGACAGUGUCUGGAUGGAGAUUCCAGAUGAUGAUGACCUGCCCACAGCUGAGGAGCUGGAAGACUGGAUUGAGGAUGUGCUUUCUGGGAAGAUAAACACUGAAGAUGAUGACAAUGAAGAUGAAGAUGAUGACGAUGAUGAUGACAAUGAUGAUGAUGAUGAUAAUUCUGAUGAAGAAGAUAAUGAUGACAGUGAUGAUGAUGAUGAAUAGCCCCAACUCCAAAUGAUUUUGUUGAAAACAAAAUCACAGCUACCCACUACCUUAUAGACAGCACAAGGUGGCAGCAGGCAGCCUUGGCCCACGCCCAGCCAGCUCCUUUCCCUUUUCCAACCUCUCUUUUCCCACUCCCUUCUCAUCAGGAGAUGUGCAGUUCAGCAAAUGCCUUUCUAAAUCCUGCAAUUCCACUCAGCAAAGACAAGUGGGGGGAAUUAUUCCCAUGUUGACUGUCUUGAUUGUCAUGAAACAGCUCUUGUCCUUUGCCGGACCAUCAGCGGUCAUGGCAGUGUGGUAUCUGGCAGUCUGGGGAGAAAACGCCCCUAACGCCUCUACUCAAGUUUACUUGUUGUCUUUGACCAUGACCGUAACAGAAUUGACAGCUUGCUAACUCACUAGCAUGGAGUGACCUUAUAAUCAGAGCCCAGGGAAGACACACAAUCAAUCCAUUUAGCCCCCAAGCCUAGAACAUCAGUUAGGAUCCCUCCUUUAGAUAAGAGGCUCUCUCUUAGGGAAGGCUCAGCCUUAGAAACAAGUUUAUAAAUCUGCUUCUUUUGGCUCUAUUAAAUGUAUCAUUUUAAGUGUAGGUCAGACUAUUAUGAACUCAGAUCUAAGCCUUGGAUGGCUACUGAGAGGCCUUGAAACACGUGUACAGAUGUCACCAUCAUUUGUAGUACAUUAGGAUACUGGGAUGGGAGCUUGAUCUGCUCUCUGAACUUCCCUCUUGGUGACAAGUCUUGCAUAUACAUGGGGGUGGAGGGAACUGGAAGGAUUAAAGGUUUUUAAUUAUUUCUGAUGGCUUCAUGUCUCUGAUUGUGUCAGCUGGUGUCCCGGCCUGAACCGGGAUCUGGACACCCCUUCUCUGUCGCUGCUAGCGAGCCUUCCCAUUUAGAGGAAAGGUUGGUUUACGCAGAGGUCAGUUAACUCUCCAUUCAUCAGCACUCCCACAGUUGAGCAGGACAACAGUAAUGAGUGUUCGUAAUGAUGCCUGAGGCACUGAAGACAUCCCCAAGUGCCUUUCAAACUAUUUAAAAGUUAUUUUGUGCUCGGCAGUUUUAGUGUUAAGUGUGCAUUAUAACGUUCUAAUUUAUUUUCUCAAUCUUUUAACACGUGUAAGACAUUGCAAAUUCCUUGAAAAUAGGGCAGUCCUUUUGUGGAGUAGUAGCUAACUAACGCUGUCAUUAAAGUCCUGUUUUGAAAAUAUGA